ACGCCAUGCGCGUUUCCGAUCACAGCCGCCUGCACCCGGAAGAGCUAGCUUCGUACGUCGCACUGCACAUCAAGACCCAGCAAGAGCUCAAAGCACGCACACGCACACGCACACGCACACGCACACACACACGCACACACACAGACCCCCACGCCCACUCAAGUGAGAGCACACCCGCGAACGCAUUUAUACAUGAGCAUGUUGACGCACAGAGGCGGUCUGCGGGAGCUGUAGUGAUUGACCGGGUGUUCGAGCGAAAGUCUGUGCUGGAGGGGUUUAUGUACAACUUGACCGACUGCACAACACAGCAGCUGGGCCAUGCGUUAGUGUCGCUGUACAACCGCGGCGGAGUGGAGACCUUUAUGCGCGUGAUGGCGAUG